CCCCCCCCCAGGGCCGCCAUGGCGGAGGCGCCGGCCGAGGCGCUGCUGCUGGUGGAGCACCGCUACGCCUGCGCCGAGUGCGGGCACCUCUCGGCCUCGCUGGAGGACGCCCUCCUGCACCACCAGGCCCACCUCCCCGGCCCCCGCCUGGAGCUCCUGGGGCUCCCGGGGGAGCUGCAGGCGCUGGCGGUGGCCGAGAGCUCCCAGUACCAGUGCCUGGAGUGCGGGCAGCUCCUCCUGUCCCCGGGGCAGCUCCUGGAGCACCAGGAGAUGCACCUCAAGCUCCUGGCGCACGACGGAGACCCCCCGGCCGGCCUCAAGCCCCCUCCCCAGCCCGGGACGGGGGGUCCCAAACCCUCCCCCGGGGGUCCCAAGCCCUCGGCGGGCCGGAUCCACUACGAGUGCCCGGAGUGCGGGGCGCUGUUCGGCAGCCAGGACGUGUGGCUGGCGCACCGGCAGGGCCACCGCGGCGAGGCGCCGGGGCAGGCGCGGGUGGACCUGGAGCACUCCUACCGCAAACCCGAGGAGCUCCCGGGGCUCGGGGGGGUCCCCGCGGCCGGGCUCGGGGUCCCCACGACGGGGCUCGGGGUCCCCGAGGCCGGCGGCGCGGUGCAGCUCCUCCUCUACGAGUGCGGCGAGUGCCUGCAGCUCUUCCAGACCCCCAAGGACUUCGUGGAGCACCAGGCCCUGGCCCACGCCGGCGGGCGCGAGGAAGAGGAGAAGGGGCAAGGCGGCGGGGAUGAAGGGGGGGCGCCCCCCCCGCCGCCGCCGCCCCCCGCCCCGGCCCAGCACCGCUGCGGCGAGUGCCUGCAGCUCUUCCCCUCCCCGCGCCGCCUCCAGCUCCACCUCCGCUGCCACCGCCUGGGCGCCUUCGGCUGCCCGCUGUGCAGCAAGGUGCUGCCGUCGCCCCCCGCCCUGGAGCAGCACCUGGGGGGGCUGCACGGGGGGGAGGCGCGCUUCCUCUGCCUGGACUGCGGGCUGGCCCUGGACACCGAGCCCCUGCUGCUGGCCCACCGCCGCGCCCACGGCGCCAACCCCCUGCACCGCUGCGCCUGCGGCAAGGCCUUCGCCAACAUGACCAAGUUCCUCUACCACCGGCGCACCCACGGCCCCCUCCCGCCCCCCGCCCAGCCGGACGAGGUCCCCGCCGCGCUUCCUCGGGAGGAGGAGGAGGAGGAAGAGGAGGAGGAGGAGGAGGAGAGCCCGGCGGCGGCGGCGUUCCGGUGCUCGGCGUGCGGCAAAGCCUUCGGCAAGGCCCCGCAGCUGGCCCGGCACCAGCGCUUCGUGCACCGCCUGGAGCGCCGGCACGCCUGCCCCACCUGCGGGAAGCUCUUCAAGAAGAAGUCCCACGUCCGCAACCACCUCCUGACCCACACCGGCGAGCGGCCCUUCCCCUGCGGCGACUGCGGCAAGGGCUUCAACUCGCAGGCCAACCUCCUCCGCCACCGCCUCACCCACACGGGCGAGCGCCCCUACGCCUGCGACCUGUGCCCCAAGCGCUUCACCCAGUCCUCCACCCUCCGCCAGCACCUCCUGGUCCACGGCCGCCGCCCGCCCCACAAGUGCCCCGAGUGCGGCGUGCGCUUCCCCCGGCCCUACCGCCUCCUCCUGCACCGCUCCCACCACACCGGCGAGUACCCCUACAAGUGCCCCGAGUGCGGCCGCUCCUUCCUGCUGCGCCGCCUGCUCGACGUCCACCGCCUGGCCCACGCCGGCCGCCAGCCCCACGCCUGCGCCGCCUGCGGGGCCGCCUUCGCCGCCGCCGCCCAGCUGCGCCAGCACCGCUGCGCCGAGGGCGCCGGGCGCCGCUUCGAGUGCGCCACCUGCGGCAAGAAGGCCGGCUCCCUGCCGCGCCUGCGGGCGCACGAGCGGGGCCACGGGGGCGCCCCGGGGGCGGCGGCGGUGACCCCGGUGACCCCGGUGACCUCAGUAACUGCGGUGGCCCCGGUGACCGCGGUGACCCCGGCGCAUGCAGGGGCCACGGUGACGCUGACCCCGCCGCCCCCCCGGCGGGCCAAGUCCUUCGAGUGCGGCGACUGCAAGAAGCUGUUCAGCACCGAGACGUCGCUGCAGGUCCACCGGCGCAUCCACACGGGUGAGCGGCCCUACCCCUGCCCCGACUGCGGCAAGGCGUUCCGGCAGUCCACCCACCUCAAGGACCACCGGCGGCUGCACACGGGCGAGCGGCCGUACCGCUGCGGCGACUGCGGCAAGGCCUUCGCCAUCGCCGUGCGCCUGGCCGAGCACCGCCGCAUCCACACCGGGGAGCGGCCCUACCGCUGCCAGGCCUGCGGCAAGGCUUACCGCUCCUUCUCCAACCUCUGGAAGCACCGCAAGCUGCACCGGGAGCCCCCCGCCGCCCCCCGGGACGGCGCCGCCGCCGGUGAGGUCGCUGUCGCCGGUGAGGUCGCCGCUGAUGUCAUCGUGGCGGCGGCGGCGCCCGAUUUCGGCGGCGCCUUGGCCAUCAUGGAGACCAUCGAGAUCUACCCCG